CUCGCGCACCCACACAGACGCAGCCCGACCCUUCUGCCUCUCACCUUUCCAACUUUCCAGGCAGACGGGCACAACUUAAGGCAACCUCCCCCACCCCCAGCCGAGGGGCCUUCAGGACAGCAAUCUUCCAGAAGGCAGCCAUGUCACAGUUCUCCACCAUGACAACCAGGGAAAGGAAAAUGCAGGCAGCAGCAAUCUGCAGGGAAUUUCACGGCCAGGAAGAUGUACAGAUGGAUCUUGGGAAGAAAGUGAGCGUGCCUAAAGACAUCAUGCUGGAUGAGCUGUCUUUUGCCUCCAACCGAGGCUCCCGGCUCUUCAAGAUGCGCCAGAGGCGCUCGGAAAAAUAUACGUUCGAGAGCAUCCAGAAUGAAACCAACAACAAGCUCAACGACAGAGUGGUAUUCCAAACUGAGAAUGACACCGCAGGUGGACACACGAGCAAGAAUAGUGUCGACCAAGUGACAGCUAACACACCAGGUACAAACAUGGAGCCAAAUCCAGACAGUAUUGCCCCAGGAUAUGGAGGUCCUCUGAAAGACAUCCCUCCUGAACGGUUCAACAGUACAGCUGUGCCAAAGUCAUACCACUCACCCUGGGAGCAGGCCAUCAUCAGUGUCCCAGCUCUGGCUGACACGCUCAUCCACCGCAUGCCUGAGCUGGAGCCCCAAGCAAACCUACCAGGAUAUAAAAGCUUCAACAGGGUGGCAAUGCCUUUUGGUGGGUUCAACAAGGCACCGAGACAUACGCCUGUCACGCCCCUCCAGGUUGAGUCCCUCUCGGAAGUGCCGCCGCUCCAGGAGGAUGGUUCCGUUAAUAGGCCCUCCUUCAACAGAGCAGCUUUGGGAUGGGUUUCGACGAGUGGUCCUGUCGCACUUCCAGCUGCUUCGCUCGAACUGGUGGUCAUCCCUGAAUCAGAGGACCUUUGAACCCCUGAAGAAUCGCACAGGGAUGCUUCACCAAAGGUUGUUAUAAUGAAUUUGAGCA